AUGAUUUCCUGGAGUACAAGUAUCGCCGGCUUGCUUGCUGUUGCCAUUCCAAUGCUUGUAAUGGGACAGACCACGACGACGACGGGAGGUGCAAGCAGCACUGCCAGUAAUAGCACUAAUCCCUCCGCUUCUGCCGCUGGUGGUCAGUUUUCGAACGCUCGUAUAACCUAUUUCAACGCCAGCACAGGUGCAUGUGGUCAGAACAAUACGGAUGCUGAUCUCGUCGUCGCUUUGAGUCAGGCGCAAUUCGGCAACGGUGAACAUUGUAACCAGACUAUCGUGGCAACAUUCAGUGGCAAAACUGCCACGGCUACUGUGAAGGAUAAGUGCAUGGGCUGCGGAGCAAACGAUAUAGAUUUGACGCCGUCGGUCUUCGCGCAACUUGCGCCUUUGCCUAGUGGGACUGUGACUGGGUCAUGGAGUUUCGGUGGCGGUGGCGGCGGCGGUAACACGUCCGCUACCACUAACGCGACUGCUCCUACUACCGCAACUUGA